UCACUCGGUAUAUAAAGCUGAACAACGACGGAGGAGGACGGCUGGGAAAUCGCAGCCCGGGAUUGUAAAUAAGACCGCUUAAACUGUGUUUUAUUUACAAACGCGAUGCCGGCUGUUUUAAGAUAUUGUUCCCGGUCAUCUUAGUUUGUUUUUCGUAAUUUUUGGCUCUGUUUCUCGCCUAUUUCCGUGUGGUUUUUACACUACGCGAAUAAUGGCGAGCUCGGCUAACUCGAACCCAGUGCCUAAACUGUAUAAGUCUGUGAUUGAUGAUGUGAUCAACGAGGUGCGAGAGCUGUUCCUGGAUGAGGGUGUGGAUGAGCAGGUGCUUCUGGAGCUGAAGACGCUGUGGGAGAACAAGCUGCUGCAAUCCAAGGCAGUGGAGGGGUUCCAUACUGAGGAGCAGGCAGCUCUGCAGGCUGCACUGCAGCAGAACAUUCAGCAGGUCCAGCAAGUCCAGCAGGUGACCCAGCCAGCACAGGCCCCGCAAGUCAUCCUGCCUACUCAGCAGCAGUCAGCUCCCCAGCAGCAAGUCAUUGUUCAGGAGUCCAAGAUGAUGCCACACAUGAGUGCAGCGGGGAUGAGUGCAGCAGCUACUGCAGCAACCCUUGCUUUACCCGCAGGGGUCACCCCAUACCAACAGCUCAUCACUAGUCAAGGUCAGAUUCUGCAGGUGGUCCGAACUUCCAACGGGGCUCAGUUCAUCAUCCAGCAGCCCCAGCAGCAGAUACUCCUGCAGCAGCAGAUGCAGCCUGGUGGUGUGCAGGCACCAGUCAUACAGCAGGUCCUGGCCCCUCUCCAGGGAGGCCUGCCCCAGCAAACAGGAGUCAUCAUCCAGCCACAGCAGAUCGUCUUAGCUUCAGGAAACAAAGUCCAAGGCAAUACACAGGUGAUGCAGGCAGCAGCUUUGGCCCAGGGUGCAGCUUCAACACAGGCCCCACCACAGCCCCAGGCCCUGCAGCAGGCCCAGCCCCAGGCUCAACCACAGCCUCAGGCACAGCAGCCUCCCAUGAUGCUGCAGGUGGAUGGAGCCGGAGACACCUCUUCAGAGGAGGACGAGGAUGAGGAGGAGGAGUAUGAUGAAGAUGAAGAAGAGGAGAAGGACAAGGAUGGAGGAGAGGACGGGCAGGUUGAGGAGGAGCCACUGAACAGUGAGGAUGAUGUUAGUGAUGCAGAGGACCAAGAGCUGUUUGAUACAGAGAAUGUAGUAGUAUGCCAGUACGACAAGAUUCACAGAAGUAAGAACAGAUGGAAAUUCCACCUGAAGGACGGGAUCAUGAAUCUGAACGGGAGAGACUAUGUCUUCUCCAAAGCCAUUGGGGAUGCCGAAUGGUGAAGCAGACAAAAUAAAACAGACAAAGCAACAGGAGCAGGAACUCUAACUCCUCCUAUCCCAUUAACAGACACUUCCUAUGUCCUUCCCUAUCCUGUCACUGGGUUCAUUUCAGGAAACUGAAUACCGAGUCUUGGAGAACACUGACAACCCUAAGGACUGUGAGGUACUGUAAAACCUGGGUGUCGUUUAAAACACUUGACUGGCCCUGUGGGAUGACAAACCCUCUCGUUUUUCUUCUUCCUGGCCCCUCAACCUUUUUCCUGAGAAUUCACAAUGUAAGCAUUUCACGUGUGUGAGGUGUAGUGGACCAGGGUGGCCUGACCUGCUCUACCACAGGAGGUCAGAGGUCAUUCAUUAUAACCCCAUAGACGAACACCUUCAUAAUACACUGUAGUUGAUUGAUUGACUGAAUUGACUAAUGUCCAUGUUUAAAUCCAAACGUAGUGCCACUGGUCAAGGCCUUUAGUGUGGCCAAAAUCAACUUUUUGGCUUCUGAUUUUUGUUCAUGGAUCAUAAUUCUUAGUUCAUGUUUAUAAUAAUGGUGUUCCAGAGCGUUUUAUGUAGUGUUAAACAACCUGUUAUGGUUUUAAACUUUUUUUUUUAAUAUUUCAAAGGGUUAAAACAAAGAAGGUAAAAUUACAUUAAUCUUAAAAUAAGAGAGUUGCAUUAAGCAGCAUUUCUUUUAAAUCUUCUGUGGAGCGCUGAAUCCAAAAAUUAUUUUCCUCAUCGGCUUCCGUAUAGCUUCAUUCCAUCUUUAACCCAAAAUGCGACAAAAAGAAAAAACGGAUCCACCACUGAUUUAGUUUCAUAACUGUACAAAAUGUCUGAAGUUUGUCCUGUUGGUGUAUCUUGGCUCUUAUUUUAGUUCUCUGCAGCUGUCUGAAUAUUUGCACUGUCAGUUUAUCGGUGUGUUGUGAAAUCGAGUCAGGUUAAUCAAUAGUCACCACGUAUAAUCCCUUCUGUCCAUUUGUGUGUACGUACGUGUGUGUGUGUGUGUGUGUGUGUGUGAGACAUUUUGGUGAGUGUUUGUGUGUGCAUGUUGAUUUAUGUGCAUUCUCACAACUUUUCUCUGGUAAUUUGUUAGAUUACUUUUGCUUGCACAGCCCCUUUACAGUUUAAACAGUAAAAUAGAGAUUGAAUUUGUUUUACUUCUGGCAGCGUGAUUUUCUUUUCUAUUUAUUCCCAAAAGAUAAUGAAACUUUUUGAUGAGGUUAGAAAGCUGCACCAAACUGUGCUCUUAACUAGUAAGUGUUCUUUUUUUCCUUUUUGGAUGGACAAAGCACCGAAACGCUGGGUUCUGGAUCAUUUUGUCCACCAUGUUUGUUUUUCUUCUUUGCUUCUGUUUUAUUCAUGACUUUUAAAAUGAGAGUUUUCUAUUUUCAACUUGGGGCACUGUGUGUUUCUCAGCUGUUUGUUUUUAGUGCCCCUGUUGCAGCAAUUUGAAAUAAAGUACAUUUUUGAAUGUUGUGUUGAUUUGGUUGUUGGCUGCCCCUGUGGAGCAGUAUGUUCCUUAAGAAACCAUAUUUACACCAAGGAAGCACAGAUAAGAUAUUUGGUAUAGAAUGAAGGAGUGGAAAAAUCAUUUUUCUGUACUGUCACUUACAUGAUCUUAAUUGGAAAAGAAUGAUUGUUUAAUUUCCAUUUUCCUCCACUAAAAAUAAUUGCAUCACCAUCUGCAAAUACAAAUGUGCCAAGGGAGAGGUUUUCAAUUCAUUUCAAUUAGAGCACGGCGAGUAAUCCUAGACUUUCAGAAUUCAGCCUCCUAUAGCUCUCCAUGGUUGUUAGUCACUAAAAGUUAAACUAGCUCAUAGUUGCUGAUAUUGCUGGAUGUAGCGUGUGCCUUUGAACUGUUUCACCUCUGCUGUUCCCAAACCAUAGGUGGCUUUUUGAAAAGGAUGUUUAAUUAAAUGUAUUCUCUUCA